UAGUGGGUGAGAGAAAGAGAGAGAGAGAGCGAUCCUGAAUGAGCAAGUGAGGGAUCCUGGAGUAUUUCGGAGUAAUUACGGUGCCCUGACGCUCGGUUCAUUCAGAAAGUGGAAAGUCUGUGGGUACAGAGACGGCAUUUGUACAUUCAGACCAUGACAUGUGAAGCGAUACGGUCAGCGUGCUUAUAGACCACCGAACGCCACUGGAAAUGGACAAACCGGAAGUGCUGAACCAGCUCAUCUUGGACGUCCGGGCUUUCCUGCUGGUUCUGGACAAAGAGACUCUCACUCCCUUCGCUCAGGAACAAAAGAGAUCCAUCUCUGAUCUCCUGACCAUCUUGGAAGAUGCACCAAUGGAGGAUGCAGAGUACAUGAUCAUGACGUGUCCCUCAGGGGAUUCUAGCAGCCAGAAGAUGAACAGAACAGCAGACAUGGAUGGGGAGCUCUCGCCUGGUGCAGGCCUCAGUCAGGCUGAAGAAUCCUCCUCUUCGUUUUCUCCUGAGCGGCUGCUGAGAGGGAAGCCAGAUCCAGUGGAGCCAUCUUUCUUCAAUAUCAGCUUGGAAAGACUCCAUGAAGGGACAGAGCUACUUGUCCCUGUCACUGGGAUGCCAGUUGAGGCAGAUUCCAGUGGCAGUUUGUAUGAGUCAUACGGGGAGGAGAAAGAUGAUGAUGAUGAUGAUGAUGAUGAUAAUGAUGAUGAUGAGGAGGAGGACUCAGUGAAGGACCGGGCCCACUACCUGAAGUGGACCACCUCACUGCCCUGCAUCCAUCCUGCUUUGGAGGCCCGUCUCUAUGGCUUCCUAUGGAGGAGACGCUGGUUAGGCCAGUGGAGCCAGCAGCUGUUCGUCAUCCGCAGCCGCAUUCUGCUGUGCUACAGGUGUAUGAGGGACCUUCGACCUCUGCUGGAGCUGAGUCUGGCAGGCUGCCGUGUGAUCUGCAGGUCCAAGCCCAGAGGGAAGGUGCCACACCAGCUGAAGUUGCUGGCCAGCUCCCAAACCCUGGUCCUGGGCUUCCACAGCUGGCUCCAGGCCCAGGAGUGGCGGAAGGUGAUCGAGGAGGUGAGCAGCUCUGAACACAGCCUCCCUGUUUGGCAGCAUAGCAGCAGGAUCAGGGCGGCACAUCCUGAUGAUUCUUGCUCAGCAGAAACUGUCCCGAGUGCAAAGCCCACAGCGCCCUCUGGCUUCCUGAGUGUGUUCAUGCACUGUCAGUGGCAAACGCUGUGGUGCCGGAUGGAGGCUGGGGCCCUGCGGAUGUCCCGCGAUGAGGCCAGCGGGGCAGGCCCACGGCACAGCCUCCCGUUGCAUGGUUGUGACGUGCGACCCGGCCCAGACACCCCCCUCGCCCCCCGCAUCACCGUGACCCGGUGUGGGGACCAGCUCGCUAUCCUAGAGGCCAGCAGCGAGGAGGACAGACAGCGGUGGCUUGUUCUCCUGCAGAAAGGGGCCACUCGGUAUAGACUGCCGCCCCACAAUGCACUGAGGGGCCCGAGGAAUCACACGCUUCCCAACCCCGACACGCACACUGCUGAUUCCGUCCCUGAGUGGCAUAGACCCAGCCCACCUCAGCUGGUCCACUGCAAUGCAUCUGUGGUCCAGCACUCAAGAAGUGUCGUCACAAGAGAACCAGAAAACUGGAACCGGUACAGCGGUACAGCAGAUCUCUGCCAAGGCAGGAGGAUGGUAGCAGCCUUUGCGGGCGAGACUCAGAUGCACCACAUUCCCAGGUCGAGGGACCUGCACCCCAAGGUCGGGUCCAAAAUGAACCUGCUGACGGGAGGCAGACAGCCCAAGACCGCCUCCCUGAGGAAGUCGCAGACCAUCUGCUCUGACAAGAACCAGGUGGGGUGGCUAAACCUUCUGCGGCGAACCACCUCUGCCAGCAGCUCCUUGAAGAGGUAACCUCCUGCCUUUCCUGUGGGGAAUCACAGACUCUUUCACAGAAUGGAAAUGAAGGUCCCUGCUUGAUCAACAGUUCAGCUGGUUUCACUUCCUGAUCUCUGGAAACACACAUCAAACUGCUGUGCACGUAGAUCGUGCCUUUAAAUUAGCUUUUAGUUUUGUACCUUUUUGCAUCUUGACACCCCUGCACAAACACACACAAUGUAGAGCGCAUGUUGUAGUUUUAUACAGUUUUGUACAGUAAGUGGAGUUUUGUUCAGGGGACAUGGUAUCAUGACCAAGAGGUUGCAGAAGUCCU